AUGUUGGUUUUAGCGUGGAGGUCCUUGUUUAUUCAAUGGAAAGAUACACCAAAUCCUAAUAGUCGCAAGUUUAUCCCUGGCACUACUGUACUUACUAAUGGCACACUGGAUUUCCAAAACAAACAAAGCACAACCAACUCUCCAUUAGCAAGGCAUCUUUUUCACAUAUCGGGUGUUGUAGGUGUUUUCCUUGGCCCUGAUUUUGUGACCGUUACAAAAAGUGCUGAUGCCGAUUGGAGUACAAUGAGCCCCGAUAUAUUCUCUUGCCUGAUGGACUUUUUCACUGCAGGGACACCGGUUCUUGACGAGUCCUCUGAACAGAAUGGGCUUUCUGAUAGCAACAAUGACGAUGAGGAAGACUGCACUGUUACCAUGAUAAAAGAGCUUCUUGAUAGCCGCAUUAGGCCGACUGUUCAGGAGGACGGUGGUGAUAUUAUCUUCGUUGCAUUCAAAGACGGUGUUGUGUAUCUGAAGAUGCAGGGGUCAUGUACAAGUUGCCCCAGUUCAAUUGUUACUUUGAAACACGGUGUUCAGAACAUGCUACAAUUCUACAUCCCUGAGGUUGAGCGUGUGGAACAAAUUGGAGAUGCAGCCGACAUAGCUUCAAUGGAGGCUUUUGCACAGACAGAGGAAGCAUCCACAAAAGCUAAAAAGGAGGAUAGUGAACCCUCAUUGGAGAAGCAGUAG